AUCUUUCAAACCAAGUCUUGGGGGAAUCAGACGAACAUCAUGAAAUCCAUCGCCGUUGUAGCUUUAGCUCUCUUUGCCUGGUAAUAUCAAUAAAAAAAUCUAUAUUAACCGUAUGAAAAAUAUUUAAAGAUAAUUAAUUGUAAAAAAAAAAAAGAAAAUGAUUUCUCUGAGUCAACAAUUGAAACAUGAUUUCUUUGAGCCGAAAAUUGAAACAUGAUUUCUUUGAGCCAACAAUUGAAACAUGAUUUCUUUUAUGUCUUUUGCCGACCAGAUUUAAAGUGAAACAGAUUGCAUAACAGAGUGCUCGUGUAAAGCAGAUGAUUAUGUUCAAAAAGAUUAAUCAAUUUAAGAUGUAAUUUCAACUAAAAAAAUACAACAGCCUCCCGGCGUUAGUAAGUUUGCUACAAACUGAACGCAAUUUGCAGAAUUAGAAAAUAUGCAAUUUCCGAACUGUUGGCUUUUACGAGACGACCGUAACUGAGACAUGAAAACCUAACAGAGGACACUCUGUGGACACUCACAAUGGAACAUACUUCAUACGACAGAGAGAUGGGUGAUACGACGGACGAAAUAAGAAACCUUUCAGACAUAAAUAAAGGCAUAUACAUUAUUCUAUUAAUCUGAGCUAUUUCAUACAAUGGGCUUAAUUUACACAAUAUUUCAUGGAAAUAAAAUAUUUUGUUUUUAUUUAAAGCAACAUGCGAGCUUUAGCUUCAUCGUUGUAAGUCGAUUUGAAAUAUGUUUUAGCUUUUUUUUUUUUUUUUAAGUGAGAAAAAGAGAAUGGAAAAAUUCCUUUGUUUAAAAACACAAUUUAGAUUUCUGCCUCAAGAAAAUAAAAUCAUUAUUCGAUUUCUAACAUUUCAGCGUGGUUGCCCAACCAGGAGGUGGCAAUGCCAAUUUGGACAGAAUUUUCAACCAAUACGCCGGCAGUGACAACACCCUGUCACAGGCUGAGCUGAACAGAUUCUGGCUUCACUUUGAUGAUAGCGGUAAGUCAGACUAUAAAAAAACAAACAAUAAUCGUGGGAAAUAAGGUACAUUUAUAUAUUUUGGUUUUCUUAAUAAGGGUUUGAAAUUUUAUAUUUGUUUGAAUGCAAAGUGAUAUUUAUGACAUAUUUGAAACAUUAUUUAACAAAUGGUUAAUUUAUUUUAAAAGUAAAAUAUUAAACUAAAUAAAAAAUGUAUUUAUUUUCCUUACAGGUGACGGUUCAGUGUCCAAACAAGAGUUUGACAGCAGCUGGAGACAAGAGGGAUUCCCCAACCCACAAAACGCUCCACUUUUCUUCCUUGAGUUGGACAGAGUAGCUGAUGAGGUCCUCAACUCCCAGGACUUUCCCCACAUCUUCAGACUCUGGGAUGAGAACGGUAAAUUUCUUAGGUUUUUUAAAUUUUAUUUUAAAAGUAAAGUCGAACGUCACUAGAAAUAAAUCCUUUAAAAAAAAGUAAACUAUACAGUAUACAAAUUUAAAAAAAAAUCGGAGGUAAAAUUGAGAAAAAUGUUUUCUGUAAAUCUAAAAUAGAACUAACUAGAACAUCAGAACAAAAAUACGUGAUACUCUAUACAUCUUCAUUUUUAUUUCUUACAGAAAAUUGUUAACUUUUAAUCUGUCUUUAUGUAAAUAAUUUCACAAGCAAUAUGCAAUAACCAAAAUAAAUUUGCUUUAAAACAAGUUUUAUGUUAUAAAACUAAAAUUAUCUUCAUUGGAUUACACAGGUGAUGGAACUGUCAGUGAAAGAGAAUUCAGAUUUAAUUGGAACGCCUACUUUGAUUAACUCACAUAACCAUAGAAUUGUACCUUGAAUUUUUU